CUCUCUCUCUCUCUCUCUCUCUCUCUGACCAAACCAUUCCAAAAUUACGCGUAAACAAAGGCACUGAAAGACACAUAUGUGACCGAAAAAUGGACUAGAAUUAAACGCGAGUUGAUGUGAAUCUUUCAAAUCAUCUCUCCCUAUAUUAUCCCUUUUUGUCGAUUCUUUCCGCCGAUUCUGCAUCGACAUAAACAUCGAUAUUAUACUGCGUAAUAAUUGACGCAUCAUCGAAUUACUAACUCCAUCAUCUUCAUCGUGUUUCUAUUUGUCGCUUAUCUCACUAAUCAUCUUGGAUUAUUAACCCCAACAUGUCAGACGUGAAGAGCCUUGAGCAUCCUACAUUGAAGGUCCCAUACGAGCUUCUGAACAAGAAGUUCCGCUCUGCCCAGAAAACUCUUGACAGAGAAGUGUCACAUGUUCAAGCAGUAUCUAAUGAACUUGAGAAAAGUCUCAAAACUGAUGGAUCUUAUGUGGCAACUGGAGAAAUCAGCAAAUUAUUAGGUGGCGUAGUUGCCAGGCUUCAAGUUUUAAAGCGUAAAGCUCAAGAAUCCAUUGCAGAGGAGUUACAGGCAGGCAUGGUCUGCAAAAGAAGAUUGGAUCACUUAAAGGAACAUGCUAAUACUUCUUCAAGUGCUGUGAAUCAGUGGAGACGGCAAAGAUUAGACAGAAUGCUAGUAGAAUAUUUUCUUCGCAAAGGAUAUUAUAAAACAGCGACUAAAUUGGCAGACAGUAACGAGCUCAGAGAUUUGACAAAUAUUGAUGUGUUUAUGGUAUCGAGGGAAGUGGAGAAAUCCUUGGCCAAUCACGAAACUGCAAGAUGUAUUGGUUGGUGUCAUGACAAUCGUUCGAAAUUAAGAAAACUGGGUAGCACAAUGGAGUUCAAUUUGCGCGUACAGGAAUUUAUCGAACUAGUGCGAACCGAUAGGCGGUUGGACGCAGUGAAACACGCUCGAAAGUACUUCUCCAAUUACGACGACUAUCAGCUGCAAGAAAUUCAAUGUUGUAUGGGUCAAUUGGCGUUUCCAGCCCAUGCAUAUUUAAGCCCCUAUAAAGAUCUAUUAGACGAAAAAAGAUGGGACAAGCUGAUUGAAACAUUUCGUCAAGAGAACUACAGGUUAUUUCAAUUGGCGAGCCAGAGUGUAUUCACAGUAGCUCUGCAGGCUGGUUUGUCAGCCCUCAAAACUCCUCAGUGUUACAGCGCAAAUAAGGAAGGCCGAAAUCCUAGUUGUCCAAUCUGCAACGAAGCGUUAAAUGAAUUGGCCGCGCCACUGCCUUUUGCUCAUUGCUCACAAUCGCGGCUUGUUUGUAGUAUAAGUGGAAAACCACUAAAUGAACAUAAUCAGCCAAUGAUGAUGCCUAAUGGAUAUGUUUAUGGUGAACAAGCGUUAGAAAAGAUGGCUCAGGAAAACAACGGCACAGUAAUUUGCCCAAAAACCAAAGAAGUAUUUCCAUAUAAAAAGAUCGAAAAGGUUUUUGUUAUGUAAGCUCAUAAAAUUCAUAUUGACACAGUAUAUAUAUAUAUAUAUAUACAUACGUUGUACUAUAUGCUUAAUACUCUAAUGGUCCCCUUCUAGCUCAAAUCUUUCUUUGUUAUUUAAUAGUGAUUGUAUACAGCAUUAAUGGAAUAAAAUAACAUUUAUUUUUAAGAAA